UCCAUUCGUCCACCCCAGCGGGCCAUUGUCAAAAGGACGUCUCUAGCAUCCUCCUCAGUACAAUCCCUCUCCCGUUCGACGACUCCGCGGCAUCAGCGCCGGCAGUAGAAAUAGAGUGAUCGAUCGACCGACGCAAUUGUUGCAGUCCUUUGACGGACUUCAACUUUGAGGAGACUUCAACUUGAAGUUAUCGCCCGCGUUAUUCCCAAGGCGGCGUAUCGCAAUCAUCCCGCGGCCAGCGGCGGCAGACUUCGCUCACCACGAGAGGAAAUUCUGCCGGCUUUGAUUCUCUCGGGCUUCAGUCAACGCGGUCAACGUGGUCAACUCCGUCAGCGCAUUCAGCACAAGCUCAGAUUCAGAGCGACGAAAUCGUCAUCAUGAGGAUCGCGGUGGUGGGCGGCACGGGGAACGUGGGGUCGAAGCUGGCCCACAUGCUGUGCGCGGCUGGGCAUGACGUGGUGCUGACGUCACGCCACCCUGGCGAUGACAAGACCGCCAAGGCGCUAGCGUAUGUGAGGGAGGGGGGCAAGGGAGCAGCAACAGCGGCAGGAGUGGAGGAGGCAGUAGCGGGGGCUGAUGCUGUCAUCAUUGCCACUCCUGGAUAUGCGACAGCAGAGGAGUGGAGCAAGGUUGUUGCCCCCUGGGGCUCGUAUGCCGGGGUGGUGUUAGACGCUUCCAACCCCCUGACUGCGUGGCCGGCGUUGGACAUCAGCGCGGAUCAGAACAGCACCAGCGGCGCAGAGGAGCUCAAAAAGGCCCUCCCCCACGCGCACGUGUACAAGGCGUUCAACACCCUCGGAGCGGAGCUGAUGGUCGAUCCAACCCUGGGAGGCAAGCAGAUCGCCAUGCUCUUUGCUGGAUCGGAGGACCCUGCUGCCAAGGAUGUUGCCACUAAGAUCAUCUCAGCCGUUGGAUUCCGCCCUGAGUACGUGGGCCCUCUGCGCUACGCGCGCAAUCUGGAGAGCCUGGCGGAGCUCUGGAUCCACCUGGCGCUCAAGCAGGGCUGGCCGCGGGCGGGGUUCGCUUUUGAUAUCCAGAAGGCAUAGGGCGAAUUGGGGGUUUAAGGGGGAGGAAGGGAGGAUGUGUGUGGGUGCUCGCAACCUGGAGAGCCUGGCGGAGCUCUGGAUCCACCUGGCGCUCAAGCAGGGCUGGCCGCGGGCGGGGUUCGCUUUUGAUAUCCAGAAGGCAUAGGGCGAAUUGGGGGUUUAAGGGGGAGGAAGGGAGGAUGUGUGUGGGUGCUAGCAACCUGGAGAGCCUGGCGGAGCUCUGGAUCCACCUGGCGCUCAAGCAGGGCUGGCCGCGGGCGGGGUUCGCUUUUGAUAUCCAGAAGGCAUAGGGCGAAUUGGGGGUUUAAGGGGGAGGAAGGGAGGAUGUGUGUGGGUGCUAGCAACCUGGAGAGCCUGGCGGAGCUCUGGAUCCACCUGGCGCUCAAGCAGGGGUGGCCGUGUGAAGGCUUUGUGCUCGAAAUUCAGAAGGCUUAGGCUGGGCUAAGAGUGUAUUCCUACGCCAUGGUAUUUAGUACCAGAAUAGAGAAUCCCAUACUUGAACACCGUGCUGUAUUUGCCGAUUUGCAGGAUGGUGUUCAGUACCAGUGU